AUGGAUUUUGAUUUGGAAACAUUUGAUACUCGACAUAUUAGUUUUCGGGAUGAUUAUUGGUUUCAAUACGUACGUACCAACGGUGUGCUAACAAAUGGAAACGUAAUGGAAUAUUUUUCCAUAUCACCAUUUUACGAUCGACAAUGUAAUAAUGAGAUCGUAAAAAUGAGUAGUCGAGUUCUCAACGAACCAAUUGAAGUUACAUUAAGAUAUUUUCAUCAAGAAGAGAUAGCAAAACAACAAUUAGCACAACUUGAAAAACAAGAAUCAUCUCUUUUACCUUUAUCUACUCUUUCUCGGGUUGAUUCGUCAUCAUCAUCUACUUUUCCUACUUUCCCUAGGGAUGAUUCGUUAUCUGAAAAAUUUGAAGGGAAAUUAUCUAUUAGUGAAAAGAAUAAAUUACCGACCGAAACAACAACGAUAACUACAAAUUUAACAAAUAAAAAGAAAAUAAAGAAUCCACCUUCAACGAUAACGACACAACCACCAUCAAUUAUAAGAGAGGAUUCUUUGGUGACAAAGUUUUCCGAGAAGUUAACUAUAGCGAAUGAGAAAGGGAAAUCAGUUGUUAAAUCAAAGGGUGAAGGUAAACAUGAAAAGAAAUCACGAAAACAUCAUAAAGAUCCCGAAGACAAAGAUGAAGAGAGUGUUCGUAAGAAGAAGAAAAAGAAGUAA